AUGGUUGAUAUAAAAUGUAAUGAAUGCUUGGAAGUAGUAGUCUUCCAAGGAUUACUAGAGAAAGAGAAGCGUAAAGAGUAUAAUAUUACUAGGCCUAGAAUACUAUAUCUACCUAUUAAUAUUAAUAUUCUCCUAUCUUACCCUCCUAGGGUUAACACAACAGCUCCAAAGCCGACUAUUGGCUUAGCUCAGUCGAAGGAUAUAGGCCCGUUCAGAGAUGUUGUUGUUAAAGAAUAUAUAUCCGACGUAAUGCUAUUAAAUGGCUUCAAUCUUGAGCACAUCUACAGUAUAAGGAUCAAAAUCCAGAGUUCUUCGUUAGCAAGAGGAUCAAACCCGGAAUUACCCGAAGUUCUAUAUAAAACAUCCGUGACUGGAUAG